AGGGAGUAAGACCGAUGUAGGGGGCGGGCUCCUGACUUGGAAACUAGGGGAAUCUAUACAGCUGCUUGUCUCAUUACUGUUGGGACCAGGGAGGCGCCAUAAUGAGAGCCAUAACCCGACUGCUGAAUCUGCGCGCACUUUGUGUAUGGCCAACUGCGUCAAAAAGGAUUUUACAACUGCCCAUUGCCCUUGGUGGAGGAAGUUAUGGGUACUGUACAAAGUCUGAAGACUCCUCAAGGCCAAUCAGCCGCUAUCCCGUACCUUAUAAAAAAGACUUGCCCUAUGAUAUAGUGGAACUUAUGGAAGAAGUGGAGCAAAAGGGUGGAUUUGUGCCAAACGUUUUUAAGGCAUUGGCACACAGACCAGAUGAAUUCAGAGCAUUUUUUGCAUAUUACGAUGUCCUUCUGAACAAAGAAUCAGGCAAACUAUCAAAGGCAGACAAAGAGCUUAUUAUUGUUGCUACCAGUGCAAGCAACAGGUGUCCUUACUGUGUGACUGCACAUGGUGCAUUACAUAGAAUAUAUUCAAAGAACAACAAAUUGGCUGAUCAGGUUGUUGUUAACUGGCAUCUUGCAGACCUCAGCCCGAGAGACUAUGCUAUGCUGGAAUUCGCUCUGGCAGUUGCCAAGGCAGAAAACAUUACCGAGAAUCACUUCACCAAACUAGAGGACCAUGGCUUUGACCGAGAAGAUGCUUGGGACAUUGCCAUGAUUACUGCUUAUUUUGCUAUGGCCAAUCGAAUUGCGCACUUACUGGACCUACGACCCAACCAAGAAUUUUAUUCCCUCGGAAGGAUUCCCAGGGUAAAACCUGAUGAAUCAAAAACUUAAAAGCAUCAGGUUGACAUCACAUUUCUUGUAUGCAUUUUUCUAAUCCUAUAAUACAUAUUAUUACAUAUCGAUAAUCAUGUUUAAUUGAGGGGUUACUUUAUUUCAUGCCCUUUUUUAUUAUUCGCUGUGUUGGGCUUGUAUGAUUUAUAAUCUAAAAUAUGAGCAGACAAACUGACUACACAGACAAGCAGACUGUACAUUUCUAAAAUAUUUGCCUUAACAACUGUCAUUAUAUAAAUGCAUCACUGAUAUUAAAUUAACUUGUCAGGGAAAUUAAUUGUGUUAUUACAAAAUCACAGAUGAAAUAAAAUUAUGAAUUAUAAAGUA